AUGACCUAUCUUCAGGACGUUUACCAGCGAUUCCUGGCAAGCCCUCGGUCGGCCUCGCUGGCGGCCGACAUCUCGCUCAUCUACGUGACCUCCACCACCCAGUUCGACCAGCCAGAUGCCGUCAUCGCUCACCUGUCGCGACAAGCCAGCAUUGCCAAGAAGACGUCCGAGAACGUCCUCAGCGUCGUCGAGGGCACCCGCUCCUUGUGUUUGGAUAUCGAAACCACUGUCCGAUUCCUGGAGGGCGGCGGGGCCUGGCUCCCCUCGAUCGACGAUAAUUUCAUCGUCGAUCGCGUCGUCACGUUCCCCACGGUCCACAUUGUCAACUUCAAUUCCGAGAAUGAGAUUCAGCAGGUCCGCAUUUACUGGGACCAGGGCUCCCUGCUCAAACAGGUCGAGGUGAUCGGGGCGCGGGGUCGUACCUGGCCCAUUCGUGAUGCGAAGGACCAGAUCCGUUACAUCAAGGCUGCUGAUACUGCCAAGUCGGCUGCGCCGCCGUCGCACGGGGGCAAGACUAGCGACCUGCCGCGUCGACCGGCCUCCCCACAGAAGAGACACAUCAAGGAUCCAUAUGCGGCUGAUUCUCUGUUCGAUCUCUUGUCCCCCAGCAAGGCGGAUGUGGCACGGGAGCAACAGAACGAGUCUGCCCCUGCCGCGGCCGCGCGACCCGCUUCUGCCCAAAGGGAUGCUCCGGAGGCUGCCAGACCUUCCUCCCCCAAUAAGCGGAUAACCCGAGACCCGUACGCUCAAGAGUCCCUGUUUGACAUGCUGUCGCCGAACAAGGAAGCCGAGUCCCGUGAGCCAAUGCGCCCCUACGCUCCUUCGGCUGCGAGGCCUGCUGCACGUGCAUACGGCGAGCUGUUCGUCGGUGAUGAUGAGCCCAGUGUCCCCGACUCGCCAACCAGGUCGGCUGCUCCCAAGGCCGGUGCGGGUCGUUCGAACCCCAACCGGAUCUGGGGCGAUGAGGACGUGAUGCCUGACGAGCGCAAUCCGGGCGAGAAACGUGCGAUGUACAAGAGCGACCCCCGCAAGUACAGCCACUUCGAUAUUGGCGGUGAGCCCGUUGAGAACCAGGGGAAGGCAACCUCCCGAUCUGGCAAGUCGCGUCACCAGUCGCAGUGGGAUUUCAGUGACUUCACAACCCCUGAGAAGUCCGCCACGCGCGCUCCCCACUCCCAGGAAGUCCGCAAUUUCGGCUGGAGUGAUGAGGAUGAGGGCACCGAGGCGCCGCCACGCAAGCCCGCUGUCCCUCAGCCCCGUCGUGACGCUGAUAUUCACUUCGAAAUGACCGACGACAAUCGGGGAGAUGACUCGGGCCGCAUCAUCACCGCCUACCAGAACCGCGGCCAGAAGCUGUACGAGAACCGUCUAUGGGAUGAGAACGGUGAGGCCGUGCCCACCGAGAAGGAGAUUACACGCCAGCAGCCCCUGUCCAACGUGGCCAACACCCAGAGCCGCCGGAAGGACUUUGGCGCGCAGUACGAGAUGACCGAUGACUCGCCGCCCCCGAGCACGACCGGCGCUUCGGAGAACUACCCUGUUCCCGAGGACCGCAAGAAGGCCGUGAAGAUGAUGGAGGCGAACUGGGAAUCGUAUGAUGUGUCGCCCCAGCCCUCCAAGCCUGCUUAUUCGCGCAACAACCACGACCAGCGCAACAACCAUAACCAGCCUAGCUGGUCGAUGAACGGCGAGUAA